GUCAAAAUCGUUUGAAGCGUUUUGUCGCUGUAGUCUGUAGAAUACGUCGUUAGCCUGUCCAGUCGCAGACUCAGAAAUACUUUUCUUUUUUUUACUCAAUAUUUGUAGAAAAUUUCAUAUCGAAUAGUGAAAGAAAGAAAAACUAUUUAAACUAACCUUCUUUCGAACUAACAACGUAAGUUCUUAAUUACUGGUUUAAAUAUUGAGUAGUUCAUCUGUCGGAGAAGAUUUUUAAUUUUACAAAUCCUGAUAAAUCCUUACAUAACUGAUUCAAACAUUGUUCCUCUUCUCAAAACAGCAUUGUUGAAAUUCCUUGUAAGUGAUAUGAAUUGACAUGAAUGAAUAUAUACCUGCAUGAAUCCUAAUUGUAUAUGAUUUUAGCAAUCCCAAAUUACUGCCAAUUGGCGAGUGAUCCCCAACAGCCAUCUACACAUUCAUCGAUUUACAUCUGUAAUAGCUGACAUUUUCUCCUUCCCAAUCCUAAAUGAGAGGAAUCGCUUGUGAUUUAGUGUUUCAAUUUGAAGCUGCAACCUCGGUUAAGGUGCGUGACAGAGGUUCGCAUGACCGAGACAGAACUCCUCCCAACGAUCUAUUGUUAGUCCCUUCAAAGGCUGGAGCUCUGGAGAGAGUGGCGGGAGGAUCCUGGGGUAUGGUACAAGAGAUCGUAAUUCGUCAGGAGAAUGGGCCUCUUCUGAUUUAUGGUCUGGGCUAGAGCUCAUUCAAGUCGAAACUAGCAUUUUAUGGUUCAAAAUUAAAAGAUAUUUAACCGGAUUUUUUCCUUUACAUUUCGCUAUCGAUGGAUCUUUUUGCUUGGAUCUGAAGGAAAAAAACAACGGAUAAAUGGGUUAUUAAAAUAAAAUGCUUGAUAGAAGAAAAUUUCUGGAUAUAUUUCUUCAUAACUGUACUCUUAUUUUUCAACUGAAGUAUUACAGGACUUGUUAUACGUCUCCAACACUGUAGCAACCAAUGGAAGAUCUCGGGUACAGUACUUUGUAUGAAUGUGAUGUUUCUUGCUCAACUGUUGGGCAAGAAGUUGAUCAGACCGAGAUUAAGGCCAACCCUCGGGUUUUUACAGUAAUUAAUUAUUUAAUGGCCACUAUUCUCC